CUUGUAUAUAAUUAUGAACUUAACCAACAUUUUAUAGAAAUAAAUAAUUUAACGUCGAGUUUAUUAAGCUAAAUUUAUUAUAACUAUGACUUUUAUAAAAACAAUUUUAUUGCCCAUACAUAGGAAAUGCUUAAUAAACCAAAGACGCUACCUUAGCAGCAAGGACAUACGUAAUAUAGGCAUAUUGGCCCACAUAGAUGCCGGAAAAACUACAACUACUGAACGUAUGCUGUUUUAUUCGGGCAAAACUAGAUCAUUGGGUGAGGUUCACAGAGGUAACACAGUGACAGACUGUCUGUCACAGGAAAGGGAACGUGGUAUAACAAUAUGCAGUUCAGCGGUAACAUUUCCUUGGAAUGAAAAAAAAAUUAAUUUACUAGACACCCCUGGUCAUAUAGAUUUCACCAUGGAAGUAGAACAAUCUCUUUAUGCGGUGGAUGGUGUUGUUGUUGUACUGGAUGGCACUGCUGGCGUAGAGGCUCAAACAGUUACGGUUUGGUCUCAAGCUGAAAAACAUCGUUUACCCAAAAUAAGUUUUGUCAAUAAAAUGGAUCGUCCUGAUGCUGAUUUCGACAAAUGUGUUAAUGAUUUGUCUUCGAAGCUAGAUGCCAAACCGAUAUGUAUACAAUAUCCUCAUAAAGAUGAAAGGGGGAAUUUAUCUGUAUAUGACAUAAUACGCUUAGAACACGUUAUGUGGAAUCCCCAAAGUCUAGGACGUGUUUACAAAUCUGAAGCCAUAACAGAUGAAAACCUUUUAUUAGAACUGCUGGACAGACGUAAUAACCUUAUAGAUCAACUAUCGGGUGUUGACGAUAAUUUAGCCGAUGUGGUUAUAAGUAGUGAGGGCUUCGAUAAGGUUACCAAUGAAAUGAUUUAUGCAGCUUUAAGACAAGCGACAUGUCAACAAAAAAUUGUGCCUGUUCUAUUGGGCUCAGCCUAUAAAAACGUGGGCAUACAAAAGCUAAUGGAUGCAGUUAUAGAUUAUUUGCCACAUCCCCAGGAACGUAAUCAGUUAUAUGAUUGUUUUGAAAAGGAUUUUGUGGGCAAAGUAUUCAAAAUAGUUCAUGACAAACAAAGAGGUCCUUUGACUUUGGUACGUGUUUUAAGAGGUGCUAUGACGAAAAGUAUGCGUUUAACCUCUACCAGAGCUCAGUCGGAGACUGUCGGUAAAAUCUAUGAACCCUUAGCUGAUGAAUAUAGAGAAAUUUCCACGGUAGAGGCGGGAGAUGUAGCCAUAUGUUCGGGUUUAAAGCACACUGUAACCGGAGAUUUGCUGGUGACUAGUGCCACUUCUUUAAAAAAUGCCCAAAAACGUUUGCAGAAGCAACUGGGCAAGCAAGAAUCUGCUGAAACAACUACCACUGAAGACAUUGAGACUGAUUUAAUAAACGAAAUAUUUUCCUUAGAACCACAAAUACCCGAUGCGGUAUAUUUCUGUUCUAUUGAACCGCCCAGUGUCUCCUAUCAAAAUGCCAUGGAACUGGCUUUAAAACAGCUACAAAGAGAAGAUCCCAGUUUAAGAGUUUCCUAUGAUUCGGUGACUGGACAAACCGUUUUAGGUGGUAUGGGUGAAUUGCACAUGGAUAUUAUAAAAUCGCGCAUUUUAAGCGAAUAUAAAAUCGAGGUAGACUUGGGUCCUUUGCAGAUAGCCUAUAAAGAAACUAUUGAAGAGCCUGCUGUUAAUACAUUUGGUAUUGAGAAAGAAAUUGCCGGCUCUAAGCAAAGUGUUGCCAUUACCUUGGAGUUGGUGAAAGACAGUAAAGAACUGUUUAGUCUACACAAAACCUCGGAAACUACAAAUAAUUUACAGGCUUUGAGACCGCGCACUUUGCAGGUGAUACGCAAAGGUUGCAUUUCGGCCUUAGAAAGGGGCCCCAAAGUUGGUGGUCAAGUGGUGGAAACGCAAAUACGUUUGCAUAGUGUGACUAUUGGUCGAGGCACAGCAGACUCGUUUUUAAUGGCAGCCGCUGCACAAUGUGUGCAAAAAAUUCUUUCAGAAAAUGAAACCCGUCUUUUGGAGCCCAUAAUGGCCUUGCAAAUUGUGGUACCCAGUGAAAGAACUUCAAACAUAUUAUCCGAUUUAUCACGACGAAGAGCUGUUAUCAAUGAUGUUCUGCCAAAAGGCGAUAAAAACAAAUUAAUCUUAGUUAAUGCUCCCCUAGCUGAAUUAUCCAAUUAUUCUAGUAUUUUAAGAACCAUUAGUUCUGGCACAGCCAGUAUGACUAUGCAGCCAUGUGGCUUUUCACAAAUGCAAAGCAAUGAUGAAGAUCAAGCCAUUAGAAGGGCACAAGGAUUUGAAUAAUUAAUUUUCAAUAAAACAAAAAACUACAUUAAAAUACAACUCUUUUUUCCACCUUGUUUUUCGAAUUUAAAUUUAAGCAACAUUUUCUAAAUUUAUCCAAAAAAUAC